UUCACUUCUGUUCGGUGUGGUGUUGCGGUGAUUUUGAGGGACCAGCUAAAGAGAGCGAAAGAGAGAAAGAAAGAGAGAGCGAGAGAGCGAGCGAGAGAGAGAGCGAGAGAGAAAGGGGGGUGAGAGAGAGAAGAGAGAGUAAACUCUUACGCUCGCACGCGCUCAUCGCGAGGGUGCGAAAAAAGAGCCCGGGUUCUCUUUAAAAGACGAUCGUCACAUCGCGGCUUCGGAGCACAAGCACGUAGUGCUUGCCGUAAAUCUCCGGUAGAUACGCGCGUCCGACACGGUGCAAAAUAACUAACUAAAUCGACCGUGCAUCGAGAGGGGAUCACGUCGCCGCAUCGUCGAGCCGUCAGGGUCGUCCGCCGUCGACGACCGUGCUGGAUAGGGUACGGAAGAAGAGUGCCGACAUGUCGGCGUUGAACGCCGCGCUUUGUAGACGCGGGAUAAUCCUCUGGCUGGCCGCCGUCCUACUGCUGGCGUCACGAUCCACGCAUUCUGCGCCGGUAUAUGACCAGGAUACCACACAGAUCGCAGAGUACGAUGGAACCACCGGUGGAUGUUACUUCAAUUAUCAGCGGUAUCAAGAAGGCGAUAGAAUCAUGACAAGUGAACCAUGUCUAAACUGCACAUGCCACAAUCGAAUGCUGAUGUGCUACUUGAAGGUCUGCCCCUUCACGAAAGCGAUCGGUCAGGAUUGCACGGUGGAGAAACGUCCGGAUCAAUGUUGCCCCGUGAUUACCUGUCCGGAAGUACCGGUUCAACUGUUGACAUCAACAACGAGUGCACCGGAUUCCACGGAAGUUGGUUUCCAUGACAAUUAUGGCUGCCAUGUCGACGAUAGGUUUUACGCAGACGGCGCUAUGCUACCGUUGGAUCAUCAUAAUCCUUGUGAGCUUUGCUACUGCAUCAGAAAUAGAACUACUUGCGUCAUGCAAGAGUGUACUUUACGAGUGGCUGGAUGUAAACCGGUCUAUCAACCGGGUGUAUGUUGUCCGAUCAAGUACAAUUGCGAAUACGAUGAGGAACCUAGCACCACGGUUGGUCCAACUCCCGGUCUCAUCAUGACCACAACGCUACCUCCUGGCGUAUUACCUCAAUGUUAUUACGAGGGUAAAGUCUACGAAGAUGGUGAUCUGAUUUACUCCACUCAACCUUGCCAGCAUUGCUAUUGCUUCCGAGGCGAGAUCGCUUGCGCGGUGCAAAAUUGUGGAACGCCGAUGCAAGCGCAUGGAAAGAAUUGCACGGCCUUACCGCCACCGGAAGGAGAAUGUUGUCCGACCACAUACCAGUGUGAAGAAGAAGUCACAACGGUACAAGGUGAAGGUGAACAACAGUUUCCGGAACAAGUACCACAUGAUCAAAUAACCGAAUCCCCCAUGCUGAUUGACCAGGAAGAUCAGCAAGUGAAGGGCGAACAUCCUCAGGAAGAAAUGUUCCCAGGUAUCGACAACAAUAUACCGCAGGUUCCAGAAGAAGAAGAAGAAAAGAAUAUUGAAGGAACUAUCGAACAUAUUACUCAGGGACACAUUUCGUCGACCGAGACAUCUGAAGAACAGACCGCAACACUACCGACAGAAGAAAUAGAAACUACUACUGUUGAGAAAGAAUCCAUUCCUUCUCACGAACAUGUUACCGAUACUUCUCCCGCUGAGAUAAUACCGAAGGAAGCAGAAGCGGCGGAAGUGCCUUCUGAAAUAGAAGCAACAAAGCCGGAAGCUCCUACGACAGUACAAGGAACUCAAGAAAGUUUAGUUACUGAAGCACCUGUCACUGAAUUACCAGAAACUUCGUCCAUCGCGGAAGGCUUGAAACCCGAAGAGGAGACGUUAACAACAGAACAUGCUGAAGAGGGACAAUCGGUCGAACCUUCUGUUAGUGAAGCAACUCAGACUGAAGGUCCGAUACAAGAAGAGGAAACUUCUAGCCCGCACGAAGAAUUAUCAACGCAAACACAAGAAGAAAUUGAAAAGACAACAGAAGAAGGACAGAUUAGUGUGACGAAAGCAUCGGAAAGACCAGAGAUUUCAACUGAAAUUGUUGAAAAGACAACUUUGCCAAUUGAAGAGCCUGGUACCAGCACUGUUUCUGAAUCUGUCAGCGAGCAGCCAAAGGCAGAUGAAGGUAAACCAGAAACUAUACCAGAUGAACUCUUAGCAACGGAAACGGAAUCACCGAAAGAAGAAGAAACUGUGACUGUCGCUCAUGAGAUAUCCAGUACUGAACAAAUCAUUAUUGAGAAAGAAGAAGCGACGGAAACCGCUGUUACGGAAAAUGUUCCGUCGAUUGACGUAAGAGGUCCUUCUACAGAACAACCUGCCGAAGGACAGGAACCAGUGACAAGCGAGGUUGAAAAGAAACAGCCGGAAGAAACAUCUGAACACGCAAUAACUGAGGAACAAGCUACUGUCGGAGCUAAGAAAGAAGAUGCUGGCUUGACUGAAAGUUCAGUGACGAGCGAGGAACCUAUUAACACGGAAGGGCCACAUAUGGAGGAAGAAUCAACUCCGAAAAUUCCAGCUCAAGGUCCAACUGGCAUACCGAUUCCCGAACGAAGCCCAGAACAGAAAGCAGAAGAUGAAAAUGUGUAUCAUGUGACAGAAGACUAUCACGGUGUCACGCAUCCAGAAAUUAGCUCCGAUAAUCUCAUGACUGAACCUCCGCAGAAAAUACCUACAACGUAUUUCCCGCAAGAACAAGAGACCACGCUAACUCCGUCAGAAGAAACUGCAAAACCAAUUGUGACGGAAGAAACCGAGAAGCCGAUAGAAGAAGCUACGGAAAUAAACCUUCCAACUCAGCGUAAACCUGAAAUCACUACAGUUUCUGAAGAAGCAAUAACGCAAAGUACACCUGCUGUUACCGAAGUUCAGGUUAGCACAGAAUCUUCUACAACUACUAUUACUCAGAAAGUACCAGAAGAAGAAGUACCUGAGAAAUCGAUUGUGCCAGAAGAGAUAGCAACCGAAGUACCACAAACGGAAAUUCAAAUAACGGAAAAGUCUCCCAGUGGCGAAGAAAUACCUACAAAAGGACUUGAAGAAUCUGGUGAAAGUUCUCCUGGAGAAGGCAGUAGCGAAAAAGGUGAGAAAGAAGUGCAACCAAAGAAGGAAGAGGAAAUAGAAACGCAAUCUCCAAUCGUAACGGAACCAGAAAUAGCUCCCGAAACAUUCACAUCUAUCCCAGCGGAACAUUCGACAGUGCCUUCGGGUCUUGAGAAAGAACAUGCAACGGAAAGUGAAUAUAGUACUACCGUAAUUUCCUUUGCUGAGCAAUCAACGCACGUGCCACAAGUUGAAGAGAAAGAAACUGAAAUUAUUCCUGUUGAAAAAGAAGAACCAAUUACUGAAAAACCAGUUGAGGAACGUGUUACAGAGCAUCCCACUGCAACAUCUGGCAUAAUUGGCGAAAAAGAGAAAGAAUUACAAACCGAAGAACCUGUUUUGAAAGAGGAGCAAACCACGAUAGAAGCUGAAGAAAAAUCUACAAGUCGAGUACCUGCUGUCGAAGAAAGAAUAACUGAGCAACCUGAACAAUAUUCUACAGAGAAAGCUUUGGAAGAAGUUGCUGUUACGAAAAUUCAUGGUCCGGAGGAAACAGAAGGUACGAAAGGCGUGUCAACAGAAAGUACAGAACAAAUUACAACAACGAUAACAGAAAAGGAACCACUUGAGGAAACUGUAGAAUUGAAACCAACGGAAAUUACUGGCAUCGAACAAACAGAAUUGCCCAUUGAACAUCCUACGGAAACAGAUGAAAUUGAAAAAGAAGACGUCGAAAAGAUUUCUGCAUCUCCACCUACGGAAAGUGUACAAACAGAUAUUUCUGCAGUUGAAACUGAAACAACGACCGUAGAAACAGAAAAGGUGCAGACUGAGCCUUCCGUCAGCGGAGAAUAUACACCAAGUCAGCCUUCGAUUCCUUCAGAUCGCAAAGAAGAUCUGGAACCUAUUGAACCAGAAGAACAAUUAACGCAGAAACCAGAGAAGGAAAUAAUUGAAGAACCACAAAAACCAAUAAUUCUUCCUGAAGAAGAAACAUCUCAUAUUCCAUCUUUGGAAUCUGUUUUGCCGGAAGAAAAACCGACUGAGGGUACAACGGAAUCUGUUACAUCAGAACAGCCUGAAAUAUCGAGCGAACAACCAGGAAAAGUCACAACUGAACUAUUCGGACAGGAGGAACAAACUCAGAAACCAAUCACUGAGGAACAGCCGGAAAUACACGAAAGAAAGGAGACUGAAACAUCCAGUCCUGCAAUCAGUGAGGAAUCUUCUAUAAUUCCUGAAAUUUCUAAAGGACCAAUUGAAGAUGGUAUCAGUAAGACAACCGAAACUGCAGGAAGUGAAGGUACGACGAUAUCAGUAUUAAUUUCUGAGGCAUCAACUGAACUGCCUGGAUUUGAAGAGCCUACGAAGCACGAAAUUUCCAUCGAGAAAGAAAUUACACCUGUGACCGAAUCUUUGGAAACAGAGCAACCGGAAAUACAAGAACAAGUCACGCAACCAUCAAUAAAGGAAGAAACACCAAUUAAGGAAAAAGGUGAAACGGAAAGUCCAGUUGUAAUAUCCACGGAAGAAAGUAUUACUUCUGGAAUAUCUGAAGUACCGAUUAUCACGGAACAACCACCGAAAUCUGAAGAAGAAGAAAUUAUUCAAAAAACGAUGACAGAGGUGCCGAAACAUGAAGAAAAAGAGGAAUAUUCGACGGUUGUUCCAAAAGAAAUACCUGAGGUAACUACUAGAAUACCGCUAAAGGAAGUACCUCAAUAUACAACAAGCAUUCCAGAAGAAACUUCUAUAGAAGGGGAAAGUACAUCGGAAAUCGCACCUCGCCCAUCAGGUAUUCCAGGAGAAGGUAAUUGUCUUGUUGAAGGACAAUCUUAUAGUAAUAAUUCGGCCGUUCCACCGGCAAAUGCGUGUCAGAUCAGUUGUCGUUGUAUCAGUAGCAUCGUACAAUGCGAACUCAUGCAAUGUCCUGCUCCGCCACCGCAUCAGUCAAAUUGUAUGCCAGUUUACACGAACGGAAACUCUUGCUGCCCCACGUAUGCUUGUGAUUCCACACCGACUGACGUAUUGGAAUCCGAUAGUCAUGUAAUCGAACCUCAUAUUUCUGGAGCGGAAGAAGAAAUUCAGAAGACUGUUUCGCCUGUAGAAAUAUCAACAGAAGUUGCAACAGAAUCAAGUACAUUAGCUGGUGAGAUUAGUACACCGGAGUUACGACCUGUGGAAAUCACUGUUCCUCCUGUUACUCCAUCUGAAGAAAUAGCAACUGAGAAGCAGCAGACUCUCAAACCUGUUGAAACGGAUUAUGAACAGCCAACUACAGUUGGACAACCUAUCGAGCAAUAUCCUAUCGAAGAACAUACCAUUAGCCAGAUACCUGAGACAUCACAAGAGUCCGCCAGUCAAAUACCUGAAGAAGAACAUACUGUGUCAUCAAUUGCGCCAGAAGAAACUACCGAAGGUAAAGUUAGCAAAGAAGGAAUAACAGAAUUAACAAUUUCGACUGAGCAACCGCAGGAGGAGACUGGGGAAAAACAGACUUCUGUUAGUAGCGAAGUAAUUACUUCCACGCAUGUACCUGUGGAACAGGAAUCUCACAGCAUUGUUACAGUUCCUACUGUAACAGAAGAGAAAGAAACUUCUGGUCCUAUUGAAGUAGAAGAAAUUUCAACACCUACUGAAAAAGAAGAAGUUACGACUAUAACAGCUGGUAAAGCUGAAGAAACUAUUACACCGACCAAAGAGCCAGAGAUACCCAAUGAGGAAAAAGGUAUCGAAGAACAAUCUACGCUUAAACCAAUUGAAGGAAUUGAAAAGGAACAACCAGAAGAAGUAAAGCCAAUUUCUGAGGAACCCGAAACAUCUACGAAACCGGAAGAAAUUGUGACGGAAAAACCAGAAAUUCCCGAAGAACAAAAAACUAUCGAACCAAUCGAAUAUGAGGGUACUUCUGUUCCUGAAAUACAGUCGACGACUGAGCAUAUACCCGAAAGUGAAACUAAAUAUAAAGAGGAAAAAGAACACGAGACAGUCACAUUAACUGCUCAAACCGAAGAACCUGAAACCCAAACAAAAUUGCCUGGUAUUGUUCCAAGCGAAGUAGAAACACAGGAGCCAAUUAUACCUGCUGCUGAAUCGACAACAUUAAUACAUGAUCAUACAAUAAGCGAAGAGGUGCCGAUAAAGGAAUUUACGACCAUGAAAUCUGUAGAAAUUUCUACAGAAGAAAGCACGGAACCGAAAAUUUCAAUUCAAACUCCUGAAGAAGAGUAUGCUACUAUUGCUGUCUUGCCUGUUGAAACAGAAACGUCCAGCGAGGAAACGACUAAAUUAAUCGAAGAAUCUACUCCUGAAGUUUCCCAUGAAGAAACAUUGCCAGAAACAACAGAAAGUUCAACAGAAAAGCAAAUUACAGAACAUGCUGAAAAACAUACAGAACCAUCAAUUAUAGAACACGAAGAAGAACCGUUAGCCACAAAAUCACCCGAAGAAAAGCCACACGAAACUGAAUCUCCAGUUAGUACCGAGGAACCAGAGAAAAUUGAUAAAACUACUGAAGCAGAAGCAGAACACGAGAAGUCCACUGAAACUAGUGUGAUUCACGAAUCGGAAAGUACGCAAGUUUCAGUCGAAAAGCAUCCAGAAGUUACAUCCGAAAUUGAAUUUCAUACACCCGAAUUACCUGCUGAAGGAUACACCGAGGAAAUAUCAACAUCUACAUCUGUAGAAAAAGAAACAGGCGAGCAACCCACUGAACCGAUUAUAAAGGAAACUGAGCCAAGUCUGAGCGAAGCGGGAACUAAACAGCCCAAUAUUCCGGAAUCUGAAACUCCAGCUGCAGAACACGUCACUGCUCCAGUCGUAGAGCAAACUCCGAAAUACGAAGAGUAUCCUAUUGAGGAACAAACUGUUGCUUCUCCGAGUUCCAGUGAAGAAAAGAUAACGGAAGGUAGCGUUUCGACAGAAGCGGUCACAUCAGUAACGAGUCAAGAGGAACAGGCAACUGAAAAGAGUGAAGAAGAACAGAAACCUGAAAUAGGAAUAACGGAAGAACCUGGUAAAGAAGAAUCAACUACGGUUAGAGAAUUAGUGGAAGCGGGUGAGAAAGAAACGGAAGAAGCUGUGACACCUACUAGUACUACAGAGGAGCAAAUCAAACAAGAAGAAAUUGAACCAGUUGUAAAAAUUCAUGAACCAAUGGAAACAACGAUUAUUCCAAAAGAACAGAUACCGGAAAAGGAAGGUCAAGUUACCGAGACUAGUAUACCAGUCCAUCCAGUGAGUGAAGAAGCGACAACCGUGGCAAAUUUGAUACCUGAAGAACAUUCAAUUAUACCGGUAAAGACAGAAGAAGAACAAAGUACCCAUGAACCUGAGUAUCAGACAACGUUAUCUAUCGGAGAAAAAGUAUCGAAGCCAGUCACCGAGAUUAGCGAGGUGGAGAAAAUUUCACCCGAAGAAGAAACCGUUACAGCUGAAAGUACGGAAAAGUCGGAAGAAUCCGUCACGAAACUCGAAGUAAGUUCAACGGAAAAGCCUGAGGAAGUUCCAGUUCAAACGGAAAAGCCUGAACCAGAACAGGAAACACAGCCGCCUGAACAAGGUGAAACUACUACGAAAGCAAUUGAAAGUGCAGUGACUAAAGAAAUAUUAUCAGAAGAAGUGGUUCCAGAAGUUACUCCAGUAGUUGAAGAGGAAUCAACUGAAGCUUCUGCAGCAGGUGAAGAAGUGGAAGCACAUUCUACCGAAUCCACUUCAGUUGAGACAACUUCCGUUCAUGAGGAAGAACAACCGCCGAUAACUAAAUUACAACCUGAAAGUCCUCUUCCUUCUGAGGGUGAAAUUCAGCCUGGUCAAGCUGAAGAAGGUGAGGAGGCUCAUUCAACUAUACCCGAAGAGAGUCAUCCGGGUAUAACUGAAGAACCCCAGUUUACUACAGAACAUGCACCCGAAGCACCUAUUACGAUAAAAACAGAUGAGCAGACAGAAAUAGAACCAGAAACUUCUUCAGAAACUGUUGCAACCGUUGAAGGUCCAAUCAAGGUUUCUGAUGCGAAACCAACUGAAUUGCCUGAGGCAACAGCUACUGUUGGAUCAGUAGUACCAGAAGAACCAGAAUCUCAGAUCCCGAUAAAGGAAUCGCCAGGCGAGGAACCUGUCAUAAAGACGCAGCCGAUACCCACGGAAUUAUCAACUGGAGAAAUUACGGAAGAGAUUCCGGAAGAGGAACCCAUUCAUCCGCAAGAAGGCGAAGAUCAAACUCACAUUGACUAUUUCCCGGAAGCUACUGUGAAACCAGAGACUGAUUAUAACUUCCACGAACAACGACCAGCGACCACUUUGGCUCCUCAUAUUCCGGAAUAUCCUGAUCAAACCGGAAUAUCGGGUGAAGACAAUUCUCACUUCCCCAUGUCUGGCUAUCCGAAUCCCGAUGACGAUUAUGGCGAGGAAGACUAUGGUGGACCGGGCACCUGCCGAUAUGGCGGCAAGGUUUACGUUUCGGCGCAACAGAUACCGAGGGACGACCCGUGCGACUUCUGUUUCUGCUUCAGGAGCGACAUCAUCUGUCUUCAACAAAGUUGUCCACCGCCUAUUCCAGGCUGCCACGAAGAACCGAUCAGCGGUUUCUGCUGUCCCAGAUACGAAUGUCCCGUAUCAAUGGCUACGGCUCUUAAUUUGACCACUACUACUACCACGACUACGACCACGUUACCACCGCACUUCCACGCGCAUGCUUAUAAGGGAGCCGCGAGACGUAGCGGCUGCCAGGUCCGUGGCCAGGCCUAUCGAGUGGGAGAGGUCAUUAAAUCAGCAUCUGGACCUUGCCUCCGUUGCAUUUGCGGAAGUGAUGGCAACAUGAGCUGCGACCCGCGAGUAUGCAGUCCGGAACCAAUGCUGAGGCAAAUGAUAGCCGCAACUACAGACGCCAAGAGGAGGAGAUGAGCCGCCGAGCUGGAACGCGGGAUUCAUCUCUACAAAAAAGCAUAUACAAGGGCGAAGAAGUUUACAACAGGAAAAAAUUCAGUGUUGUAUAAAAGUGAAUUAAAAUUAUUCUAAACUAUCUAAACGUCGCGCGGAACACAGACAAUUAUGUGCUUCGGCGAUCACGAACUGAGUGGCCAAAACGUAAACGUUUAUAUUAAUAAUAUUAUAUAUGUUAUAUAAAUAAAAAGAGAGAAAGAGUAAUAGAGCGAAGGAGAAAAGGAGAGAAAGAGAGAGAGAGAGAGAGAGAGAGAGAGAGAAAGAGAGAGGAGACAUACCGAUCGGAGAAUCUUAGGAGAUUAAUUAUAUAUC